CGGUCUUUUUCAUAGGUGUAAAUUGUAGCUUGCCGCACGUAGCAGAAACUGAAGCAAAAUACGUAAAAAACAGAAGAUUCAUGCAUUGUUCCUAAACCGUUUGACGCCUCAGACUUGCUGCUGGCUAUUAACGUAAAGAGAUGCCAGCAUAUCUAGAAGGCUUUUGGCUACAGUACCCUACAGAGUGGUCUAAGGCUGAUCUAAAACCUACACACUGCAACAAGUCUAUGAGCUUUCAGUCUCAAUUUUGUGAGCAACAAUGAAGUUCUUCACAGGCGACGCUACCUUCACAUUCACCUGGGACCAAGUUGUGGCAGCAUUUUGGCAAAGAUACCCUAACCCGCAGAGUAAACAUGUGUUGUCUGAGGACGUGAUAGAACGUCAGGUAGUAGGGAACCUGUUGAUUACGAAAAGGCUUAUCAGCAAGACCAACAGUUUGCCAAAAUGGGGAGAACGGUUUGUGCACGGUCUACAAAGACAUGUAUAUGUGGUUGAGGAAUCUGUUGUCGAUCUUAAAAAUAAAACAUUUGUUACAUACACAAGAAAUAUUGGACUCCAAAAAAUCAUGAGCAUUGAUGAGAAAUGUAUUUACACGCAGCACCCAGAGAAUGCAGAAACAACAUUAUGUACUCGCCAAGCUUGGGUAAAUUCCGGUGUAUAUGGAUUUUCAAGUGUUAUAUCUUCAUUUGGCAUACAACGCUUCAGAAAAAAUGCUGCAAAGGCUGUGAGUGGUUUUGAAUUUGUCUUGAACAAACUUUUUGUACCAGAGACCAACAGUGACAGUAAAGUUGCCGCAGGAUCAAUAAAGGAUAAAGCCAAGGAGUAUGCCAAGUCAAAGGCAGACACGGUGAAAUCAAAAGUUCCGAGACCCAGGAUGACAUCGUGUCAGAAUAAUUCAUCAGAACUGUGAACUUGAAUACUUUUACUCAAUCAAACAAUUUUGAUACAAACAGAUGCAUUGUGACUGUGUUUCAUGUGCUUAGAUGUUUUUGAUUAAUUGAUUGAUCUAUCCAAUUUAUGGUUGGUUAAUUGAUUGAUCAUUUGGUCAUUUUAUUGAUUGGGUGAUUGAUUGAUUGAGUAUAGAACAAUUUUUAUUCUGUGAUUAGUAGUAUUUCUCUCCAUAAAAAAGGAGAUAAAUGUAUAAGUGCUAACUAAUGAAUAUAUUUGAUAUGUCAAAACCUUUCUUUAUAUGAAUAAGUAAUACUAUAUAAAAUGUUGCUGUGGUGUUGAAGCUAAUUUUUGAAUUUUAGGGGUGUGUUCUAUAACCACAAAAACCUUAUGUUACUAAAUCUAUGUCCAGAUAUGUUAGCGGAUUUUUUUUUGGAUUUUUGCUUAUUAACCUGACUUUUACAUACAGCAAAACCUCAGUUUGCUCUGACUAUACAAAAUGGCGAUUAUAAAUCUAAAUAGUGUUGACUGGAGACCAAUUUAAAAUUGCUUUUGACUAGAGAAGAUAGGAAAGGUUUAUUGUUCAGGAAAAUUACAAAUUUUGGACAUUUGGGGUAACAACCACAUUUAUUUGUUUCUGUUUAAUCAAGAGGUUCGAUGAGAGAAGCUGAAUAUCCUUGACUGAAACAUGCAAGUCCAUAGUUUUCUUACCUCUGAUUUUUGUUUUCUUGAAAAAUGAAAUGAAAGUGUAUUUUGAUAUACAAAUAUAUAGGAAAUUCUGGUUGCUUGAUAAUGUUUAUCACAAUGCUGUUUUCUAGUCAUAGAUUGUCUUGUAACAAAAAUAUAGUUUAAUCAGCCCAUUUAAAAGAUAAAUGAGAGUAAAACUUGGACUGGAAAUUUAUUUCUAGAUUUUUAAAGCUGCAUGACUCCAAAUUUAUGUAAAUUAUUUCUAAAUUUAGAAAAGGAUUUACUUAGUUAAUAAUUGCAAUAGAAAGAAAUUCUGAAGUGAUUCCAUGAAUUUUUGUAUAUUUUUUGUUCUACAACAAUACUGUUUUAGUCAAUAGAAUAUGUAGAAGAAACUUGAAAGUAUUUGUCACAAUGUUGAAGUUGGAUAUAUUAUAAAAUGAUAAAAUAUCUGUUUACCGGUAAACAGUAUUGGUUUAUCAUUUCCGAUAUCUAAUAUCUUCCUGCUGUCAGUUUUAGAAAUUUUGAUUUUGAUCUGGAAACAUGUCCCUUUUAGUGAAGACUUAGUGUUGUUCUUAUAGUUGCUAUUGACUGUGGAAACAUAAUUCAGUAAUGGAUAUAUAUCGCAGAUUUUUUUUUUAUUUGAAGGAACAAUUUUCAAUUUUAUUAAAUACUUUCAUUGCUAUUUGGGGCCUACAAAGGCGAUUGGUUAAGGUUGCUCGUUGAAUCACUUGCCAUUCUUGGUUUGAAACCUUGCUUUGAGGAAGCCAUUCAGUUGGUUUACAGAAGGUCUGUGGUUCUACCCGGGUGCCUGCCUGUGAUGAAAUAAUGUACAGAGGGGCAUUUUAGUUCUUCCUCCACCAUCAGAAGCUGGAAAUAUAAUUAUAUGACCUCACUUGUAUGGGUGUUACUUUAAACCUAAGAAAACAAAAAACAAAUUUAUUGAAAUUUAGUAUUAAUAUACUGAUAUAGCAUGGAUCCUCCUCUCUUGAGCUUUGUAAUAUCAUAUAUUUUCAUCUGACCAAAAUUUCCAAAAAACUGUUUGCACUGUAAUUUUUUCUCAUAAAACUAAAGAAGACUUUGGUGUUCAAGCAUGCAACAGAUAAGUAAAAUAAAUACUAGAAAGUGAAAGUUAAAUGAUAUGGUUUGUCAAAGGAAACCCUUUGAAUUUUAUAUUUUAAUUUUUCUAUUUUUUUUAUAUGUUCAUCUACUGUUAUAUCUUGGAGCACAUAGAAAAUGUUGCAUGCUUUAGUCAGCAUUACAUACUCCGAAGGUUGAAGCAAAUAGACAAAAUUGCAUUUUUGAAAUCUAUCAGAAUUUUUAUGAAUGUGAGCCUCCUUCCCUUUUUUUUUCUCUUACUUUGUGUUCCAACUUGUGAUCUGAGAAAUGCAUGUCUUUUUUUAUAAGUUUUAUCCUCAGGAAUUGUGCUAGUUUCUUUACCCAGUGCCAUUGUCCCAGUCGAUUUGACGUGAUUCUGAUAUUAAAUCAUUCUAUUACUUAUUUUCAUUAUCCUGUACUGGUACAUUCCAGAUAAAGAAAAGCCAUCAUGACACUUUUACUUGUAGUAUACCGGAAGUUGUAAGCACAGUACCGGAAGUUGUAAGCACAGUACCGGAAGUUGUAAGCACAGUUAAGGUUAUGUACAGUUAAGGUUGUCAUUAAAAGUGUCCGAAUUCCGUUUUGAUCUGAACCACAAAACCUCAUAAGGUACAAGGAUAGGCGUUUUUUCCCUUAAAGUGUGCUUCAGUUUUUAGCUGCAUAGGCAAGUUCAGUUGUACCGUAACUUCAAUUUGUAUGUGUGAUUUUCACUGAUUUUACCAGUGUUGGUUGAUUCUGGUAUGCAGCACAUUGUGAAGCAUGUAUGCUGGUAUUUUUGGUUAUUAUCACUGUGACAGUGUUAAGGAAAUAUGUACUUUCUAACAUUCUUGUAAGAAACUCUGGAAUAAACAGUGUACAAGGGCUUUAUUUAUUGUUGAAGAAAUAAAUUUUGCUAAAUUUAUGUCAUUUUUAUCAAAGACAGGGUAAGAUAUAUUUUUGCUGUAAAAGGCUAAAUCCCUGUUAAAAUAAGAUAAAUAUUUAUAGACUUAUUUCUAAAAACAGCAUGGUACUGUUCGUACAUUUCGUGAUACAGACCAUAAUAUCAUGUUUAACUGAGGUACGAAUGUAAGCCAUGAUACCCAACCCUAUCAAAAUCGCAGGAACAGUAAAAGUGAUGUUUUGGUUGGUCAAGGUUUGUAGCAUUUCUGUGUUAAGGUAAUAGUUGCCCUAUUUCAGUCCCUUACUGGUAAUUUUGAACAAUAUUAAGCUAGUCAUAGAGACCCAUACAGCUGGCCAAUGUUAUUUUGUUUUCAUCAAUGAACCUUUAGUAUGAUGUUUUUCGAUAAAGUUUGUGUAUUCUUUUCAAAGGUAUAUGAUGAGUGAUAAAAAAUGUGUUUAUGCUAAUAUCUUCGUAAUUUUGGAAAUAACAAUAAAUACAUACAAAGUUAA